AUUUAUUUGUUAGAACCUGUGCGCAACGCACCUCUCGCUGCGAGCCUCACAGUCUUUAAUUUGCAGCUCGACUUGGGAUACCCUCAAAACAAAAAACAAAAACACACACACAAAAUAAAAUAUGAAGAGUUUUCUGGUUUUGUGCUUUGUGGCGUUGGCCUUAGCCGACGUGAAACACCUGACAGAUCGCAAUCUGGAUCUGUUCAAGUAUAAUCCGGGCGAUAUCUACACCCUGCCCGAGGACAUCGAUGACGAUAAGCCCGCCGUGCACUUCAUCGGCGACGUGAUGAAGGCCAAAACCGAGAAGCUGCAGAACUUCAAUGCGGGCAAAAAAUUCAAACUCGAAUUGAAGACACAGAACGGCAUUGAGGUCAGCAGCGUGGGCAAACUGAAGGACGACAAGACCUUCGUGGUAAGCGGCUCGUACUCGUUCACCGGUGCCGACGGCAAGCGCUACAAGACCCGUUAUACGGCCGAUGAGUUCGGCUACCAUCCAAUCACCGAGCUGGAUCUGGACCUGCCCGAUCCACAGCCCUUGGCUCCAGCUGCCCCGAAGCCAGCCUCCGACCUGAGCAGCCUGCUGGGCAACAAGAAUCGCUUCCAGUUCCUGCAACAGAAUCUGAACAACGAGCAGGGACCCCUGCGCGGCAGCGGCCAGAGCGGCGACGACUACAGCUACAGGGCACCCGGCAACCGCAACGACAAUGUCUACGGCAACUCACCUGACUACGGCAACCUCGGCAAUCCCUUCGGCCCCGCCAAUGGCAUUGGCUACGAGUACCUGCCGCCCGCAGAGCCGUCGCGUCUCUACCUGCCCACGGCAUAAGCAGGAGGCUGAUCCCAGUACACACAUAUCCCCUCCCUCGACCCUAAGCCCAAGUAUUUAGUUUUAAGCGCAGAAUUCCCCGCAAUCAACAAUUUACAAAUAGCAAAAUUAUAUAUAGAUCUAUAUAUACGCUAUAUAUACAUAUAUAUAUAUAUACGUUAAAUAUAUAUGUAUAUCAAUUUUUUUUGUAUCAUCUUUUAGUGUUAUAUGUAUACAAUAUAUCCUUUGCGAUCCCAAUUUCCCUGAUCCUGCCUCCCCCCGCCACACAAACCAAUCCCCCGUAAUCAAAAGAAAAUAUUAGACGAUGCGAUGUGAACAUGACAAUGAAUCUAUAUAUGAAUAUAUAUAUAUGUAUAUACACUGAGUGAUAUUAGUAGUAAAUAAAAUGGCUAAACUAAAACUAUU